GUUCUCUAAACCCUCACAAAACCACAGCCCCCCCACCACAAACAACCGUCGGAGUGGCGCUGAUCGGCGAAGAAAAUGAAUCCCAGCCGACGUAUAGCCUCCCGAUUGACGCACCUGAGGCGGCUGUCCGCGGUGGCCGAGGCUCCGAAGCCGGCCGCCGCGGCGCCGCCGCCGGAGGCGAGGCCGGUGCGGAUUUACCGGAGGCUGUCUCCUCUGGCGGGUUUCGGCGGGAGCGUGCCGAAGACGCUGAACGAGUACAUCAUGGAGGGACGCAAGCUGAGCAAGCUCGACCUGGUGAGGUGCGCCAAGGAGCUGCGCAAGUACCGCCGCUACGAGCACGCUCUCGAGGUAAUGCAAUGGAUGGAGAAAAGAAAUAUCAAUUUCGCAUAUGCAGACCAUGCGCUGAACUUGGACCUGAUAUCAAAGGUCAAAGGGGUAGAUGCAGCUGAGAAUUACUUUAAUAGCCUCCCAGAAUCUGCCAAAAAUUUAGUUACUUAUGGAACUCUUUUAAACUGCUACUGUAAGGAAGCUAAUGAAGACAAGGCAUUGGCCCUCUUCAAUAAAAUGGAUGAACUAAACUUCUCCUCCACUAGGUUGGCUUUCGGCAAUCUUAUGACAUUGUACUUGAGAUUGGGCAAGCCUGAGAUGGUCCCUUCACUUGUAGCAAAAAUGAAGGAGAGAAAAAUUUCCUUGGACAGUUAUGCCUACGUAUUAUGGAUGCAGAGUUAUGCAAGUUUAGAUGAUAUUGAGGGAGUAGAAAUGGUCUGGCAAGAGAGAUUGAAUGAUUCAAGUCAGUGUGACGAUUGGACCGUGUACAGCAACCUAGCCGCGAUCUAUGUCAAGGCCGGACUAUUUGAGAAAGCUGAGUCAGCUCUGAGGAAUCUGGAAACUUUCAUGAAACCCCAAAGCCGUGAGCCGUACCACUUUCUGAUCAGCCUGUAUGCAGGCACUUCUAAUCUGAAGGAGGUGAAUCGGGUAUGGGAGUCCUUAAAGGUGGCUUUUAAAAUGCCGACCAACUUCAGCUAUCUUAUAAUGCUGCAGGCGCUUCAUAGACUGAAGGAUGUAGAGGGUUUACUAAAAUGUUUCAAGGAGUGGGAGUCGGGUUGCUGCAGUUACGAUGAAAGGUUAGCGAAAGUCGCGGUAAGUGCAUGCCUAGAGCAUGAUAUGCUAGAAGAGGCUUCAAGACUAUUCGAUGAGGCCAUUAGGAGGAGCAAUAGACCAUUUUUCAAGGGCAGGGAGGUAUUUAUGCUCUACUUCUUGAAAAAAGGUGAGGUAGAUUUGGCUAUGGAGCACUUGGCUGCAGUUAUUGCCAGAGCAGAAGGUGAAGGGUGGCGUCCUGAUGCAGUUAUCACGGAUGCAUUCCUGAAACACUUCGAGGAAACUAAAGACACCGACUCCGCUGAAAAGUUCUACGAGCUUUUGAAGAAUGAAGAGGGUGUCAAGGUGAUUGCCUCCAAGGUGUUGCUCAAAACUUAUAUAGCAGCUGGCAGAACGGCUCCAGAGAUUCGUGAAAUGCUGGAAAGAGAUGACAUAAUAAUGGACGACGAGCUCUAUAAUUUGUGCGAAAAGGUGUGUGCCUCAUGACUACUGCGCCGGGAGCAUUACUGUGGGCACGGAUCAGUUUGACGUAUGCAAUUAGACAAUCUUUGCGCAAUUCGAAGUUCACAAGAGCUCUUAGUCGUCGUCGCUGGCAUGCAUUUGUUUGCUGUAUGCAUGGGCCCGAAACAUUUACUGAGAUCUUCUGUUGAUUGGGCACCGGGAAGUGUCGGCCUAACGGUCAUCGUUGCUCACUCUGUUAGCAGAGAGCACUUUGAUGUGAAAGUAUAUGUCGAAGUGGCCCAUAAUACAGGCUGUAUCAGAACAUUUAUUUUGAAUUAAUUUGUAGUGAGCUGUUCUGCAA